AUGUCAACCAGCUGCAAAAUAGAGAAUGAAAGAAUGAGAAGAUUCAAGAAUUUUGGCAAAAGCGUUAAGGAACUGAGGAGACAGAGGAUUGAAUAUUGCAUUGAAUUACGAAAAGCCAAAAAAGACGAACAAAUCUUGAAGCGACGCAACAUUGGCAGCUUUCAAGAUGAAGAUCCUUAUUCAUUGCAAAAACUUGAGGGAGUUAGUGUAUGUAUAUUAUUCUCUUUGACUAUUACCUUGUAAGAAAUUGUGGUGGGAAUGAACAGUCAAGAACCACUGCAACAACUGCAAGCUGCGUACAGAGCUAGGAAAGUUCUGUCCCGAGCAUGGAAACCUCCACUGGAUGAGAUAAUUGAAGCAGGGCUAAUUGGCAAGUUCGUUGAGUUCCUUGGUCGAGAUGAUUAUUCAGCACUGCAGUUUGAGUCUGCUUGGGCACUGACUAACAUUGCAUCUGGUACAUCAAUCCAGACAAAAGCAGUGGUGGAUGGAGGUGCUAUUCCAGCAUUUGUACGUCUCCUUGAUUCUCCACACAUGCACAUCAGUGAGCAGGCUGUCUGGGCUUUGGGUAAUAUUGCAGGUGAUGGUACUCUUUAUCGUGAUGCAGUAAUCAAAGGUUCUGCUGUCCCCUCACUACUAGGAUUGGUAAAACCUGACAUUUCUAUUGGAUACUUGCGUAAUAUCACAUGGACUUUGUCAAACCUGUGUCGCAACAAAAAUCCACAUCCACCCUUUGCAACAGUUCAACAAAUUCUUCCCACACUUGUUCAGUUGCUUCAUCAUCGUGACGUUGCCCUUCUGUCUGAUGUGUGUUGGGCAAUGUCCUACCUCACUGAUGGCCCUGAUGAUCGUAUUGAAUUGGUGGUUCAGACGGGCAUUUUGCCAAGACUUGUUCAAUUGAUGUCUGGUGCUGAUCUGGCUGUGCUGACUCCAGCCCUCCGUGCUAUUGGCAACAUCGUGAGUGGAACUGACAGCCAAACAGACGCUGCCCUUGAAGCUGGCGUUCUUUCUAUUCUCCCAAAGCUCUUGAAGCAUUCCAAGGCCUGCAUACAAAAAGAAGCUGCUUGGGCUAUUUCCAAUAUUGCUGCAGGACCAACAAUGCAAAUUCAACAAUUGAUUACCUGUGGAGUUGUAUCUCCUCUUAUUGAAGUUAUGGAAAAGGGUGACUUUAAAGCUCAGAAGGAAGCUGUUUGGGCUGUUACUAAUUACACCAAUGGUGGUACAGUUGAACAGGUUGUUCACCUGGUGCAGUGUGGAGUGCUACAACCUCUCAUUAAUCUCCUGACUGCUAAAGAUACCAGAAUUAUUCUUGUGAUCCUGGAUGCUCUGGCAAAUAUCUUCCUUGCUGCUGAGCAGUUGGGUGAAACAGAUAAAUUGUGUUUAAUAAUAGAGGAGUUUGAUGGCUUGGAGAAAAUUGAAGCUCUUCAAUGUCAUUCAAAUAACACGGUGUACCAAACAUCAUUAAAGCUAAUUGAGAAGUAUUUCUGUGAUGAGGAGCAAGAGUUACAAACUUGGAACCAGAAGUAACAAUGACAUAUGAAGUCAAUGCUGCUCUGAAAGAUGAAUUUCACUUUUGAAGUGCGC